UCCCCCCCUCUGUGGGCGAUCAAGCCCUUUUUACUCGUUUCCGUUUCUCUCCGCUCCUCCACGGAGAUCUGGUCACUAUUUUCCUGCGUAUUUUCCUGAGAAAAAUCCGAAGCCUGCAGAGUAAGUUGAUUUCUGUUUUCAGAGAACAAAUCUCGCGCUUUUCUUUUUAUUUGCAGAAAUCAUGAAGAGAAUGAGGGACGACGUGUUCGUUAGCACUCAAUUGAAACGCCCUUUCUCCCAUGGGCAAUCCUCGGUCCCGGGACCAGGAGGAGAAGGGGGAGGAGGAGGAGGUGGUGGAGGGGGUACGGGAGGAGGUGGUUCUCAGAAACUGACAACGAGUGAUGCCUUGACCUAUCUCAAAGAAGUGAAGGACAUGUUUCAAGACCAAAAGGAGAAAUAUGACAUGUUUCUUGAGGUCAUGAAAGAUUUCAAGGCUGAGAGAACUGAUACUGCAGGUGUCAUUGCAAGAGUGAAGGAGCUAUUCAAAGGCCACACCAACCUAAUUUUGGGAUUCAACACCUUCUUGCCUAAAGGUUACGAGAUAACCAUUGAUGAGGAUGAGGCUCCACCGAAAAAGAUAGUAGAGUUUCAGGAAGCUAUUAGUUUUGUGAACAAGAUAAAGAAACGAUUUCAAAAUGAUGAACAUGUCUAUAAGUCAUUUCUAGACAUAUUGAAUAUGUAUAGAAAGGAGCACAAGGACAUAAAGGCGGUCUAUGACGAGGUUGCAACUUUAUUUCAUAAACAUCCAGAUUUGCUUGAUGAAUUUACAAGAUUUUUACCUGAUUCUAAUGCAACACCUUCAACACAACACAUUCCUUACGGCCGAAAUUCACUUCCGCGCUUCAAUGAGCGCAGCUCUGUUACACCCAAAAUUCAUAUGGACAAGCAACGUCGGCGAGAUAGGAUUAUUCCUUGCAGUGCAGAUCGUGAUCGUAGUGUUGAUCGUCCUGAGCUGGAUGAUGACAAAGCCAUGAAAAUGAACAAAGAGCAAAGAAAGCGUGUUGAAAAGGAGACCAAGGAGAGGAGAAAUCGUGAUCAUGACGAUCGAGAAAUUGAGAACAAUAACAAUAGGGAUUUCAACAUCCAACGACUUCCUGACAGAAAGAAAUCUGCCAGAAAGGUUGAAGGAUUUGGAGGGAAUGCUAAUAGUGAUGACAAAGAAACAUUGAAGAGCAUAUACAGCCAGGGAUUCAUUUUCUGUGAGAAAGUUAAAGAGAGGUUAUGCAGUCAAGAUGACUACCAAGCAUUCUUGAAGUGUCUUCAUAUUUAUAGCAAUGGAAUAAUUAAAAGGAAUGAUUUAAAAAAUCUGGUGGCUGAUUUAUUGGGAAAGUUUCCAGACCUUAUGGAGGAGUUUACUGAUUUCUUAGAACGUUGCGAGAAUAUCGAUGGAUUUCUUGCGGGUGUUAUGAGUAAAAAGUCAAUAUCCAGUGAUGGUCACUCAACCAAACCAGUGAGGGUAGAGGAUAAAGAAAAGGAGCAAAAGCGUGAUGUGGAGGGAAGCAAAGAAAAAGAAAGAUGCAGGGAAAAGUAUAUGGGAAAAUCCAUUCAGGAGCUUGACCUCUCUGAUUGCAAAAGGAGUACUCCAAGUUAUCGCCUUCUGCCAGAUGACUAUCCAAUACCUUCCGUAAGCCAGAGAUCAGAGCUCGGCACUCAAGUUUUGAAUGACCACUGGGUAUCUGUGACCUCAGGACGUGAGGACUAUUCCUUUAAACAUAUGCGCAGAAAUCAGUACGAGGAAUGUUUGUUCAGAUGCGAAGAUGAUAGGUUUGAACUGGACAUGUUGUUAGAGUCUGUGACCUCCACUGCUAAGCGAGCAGAAGAAUUGUUGAACAGCAUAAAUGUAGCCAAUGUGGAAAAUCCAAUUCGUAUUGAAGACCACUUUACUGCAGCUCUAAAUUUAAGGUGCAUAGAACGUUUAUAUGGUGACCAUGGUCUUGAUGUGAUGGACAUAUUGCGUAAAAAUCCAGCUCUGGCGUUACCUGUCAUAUUAACGCGCCUGAAGCAGAAGCAAGAGGAAUGGACAAAAUGUCGUUCAGAUUUUAACAAGGUUUGGGCUGAAAUAUACGCGAAAAACCACUAUAAAUCACUUGAUCAACGAAGCUUCUACUUCAAGCAACAAGAUUCAAAGAACUUGAGCAGUAAAUCUUUAGUGGGCGAGAUCAAGGAAAUUAAAGAGCAAAAACAGAAAGAGGAUGAUUUUCUUCUCGCACUUGUUGCUGGAAACAGACAAUUUAUCAGUCCUCAUCUGGAAUAUGAAUACUCAGAUCUCAGCAUUUACGAAGACAUGUACAAACUUGUCGAAUAUUCAUGUGAAGAAAUCUGCUCAACAAAAGAACAGUUAAACAAAGUCAUGAAACUCUAUACUGCCUUCUUGGAACCAAUUUUGGGCGUUCUUUCUCAACUUCAUUGUUUAAAGGUCACUGAAGAUGUUAAGGAAGUUCGGAGUGGUGCUUCAAAUUGUAGUGCAUCAAGCAUAGGAGAGAGUGAUGAAAGUCCAGGUGGUGAUGCUACUGUCAUAAGUUUCGGAAAACAAAAAUCUGUGCAGGGUGAAGACGGCAGUACUUUACUAGAAUCCCUAAGUAUUUGUAGGACUGGUUUAGCAACUGGUGAUACCUCAACUAAAGAAGAUUGUUCUGUUGAUGUGGGUCGUGUCUGCAGAGAAGAACCAAUUUGUGAUACUCAUCAACUUGAGAAAGACCAGAAAAAUGAAGUUGCAAGUGACAACGCUUGUGGGUCCAAUAAACAUGUCACCUCCAUUGACCGAGUUGCUAAUUCGAAUGCAUCAUCGGCAAAUGGAGCAGAAAAUGGUCAUGAUAGAACCAGCCUGGAAGCAGCGCCAGGUUUUGGUGCAAUUCUGUCCAGACCCGAUGACAAUGUUGGUACCGUACCUUCAGCAGAGGAGGGUGAUGUUGCAAAAUCCGCUCCGUUGGCAAAUGGCGUUUUUAGAGAAGGUAGCAAACUAAGCAGCUCUCAUGAAGAAUCUGUAGAGGCCUCCAAAGUUGAAAAGGAGGAGGGCGAGUUGUCACCUAAUGGUGACUUUGAGGAGGAUAACUUUGUCUCUGGAGAUGUUGGGAUGCAGAGUAUGGCCAAGGCAAAACAUCCUGUUGAAUGUAGGCAGUAUCAAUCUGGAAGUGGUGAAGAGUUGUGUGGUCAACAAGCUGGAGUGGAAAAUGAUUCAGAUGCUGAUGAUGAAAACAGUGAAGAUGUUUCCGAGGCUGGUGAAGAUGUCUCGGGCAGCGAGUCUGCAGGUGAUGAGUGCUCCAGGGAAGGGCAUGGAGAGGAGGAUGUUGAUCAUGAUGAGGUUGAUGGUAAGGCUGAGAGCGAAGGAGAGGCUGAGGGGACAACCGACGCACGUUUAGUGCCAUUACCAGAGCGUUUUCUUUCAUCCGUGAAGCCUCUAGCAAAACAUGUGCCAGCGAUUUUAGUUGAGCAAAAGAAAGGAUGUCGGGUCUUCUAUGGAAAUGAUGAUUUCUAUGUGCUUUUUAGACUCCACCAAAUUCUAUAUGAAAGGAUUCUGUCCGCAAAAGUGAAUUCAACAUCUGGUGGAGAAAUGAAAUGGAGAACUUCAAGGGAUGCAAGUUCUCCAGAUCCAUAUGGCAGAUUUAUGAGUGCGCUCUACAAUUUGCUUGAUGGAUCUUCUGAUAAUGCAAAGUUUGAGGAUGAAUGUCGAGCUAUCAUAGGAAACCAAUCAUAUGUGUUAUUUACAUUGGACAAAGUGAUAUAUAAGUUGGUCAAACAGCUUCAAACAGUGGUAACUGAUGAGAUGGACAAUAAGCUUCUUCAAUUAUAUGAGAGUGAAAAAUCCCGGAAAGCUGGUAUGGGAGAUACAGUGUAUUAUGAAAAUGCACGUGUCCUUCUGCAUGAGGAGAAUAUUUAUAGAUUGGAAUGUUCUGCCCCCUCCCGGUUAUCCAUCCAGCUGAUGCACAAUGUGAAUGAGAAACCUGAGGUCUUUGCAGUUUCAAUGGAACCCAAUUUUUCUGAUUAUCUAAACAAUGAUCUUCUGUCAGUCUUUCCUGGAAAAAAGGAGCCACAUGGACUUACCCUAAAGAGAAACAAACGCAGAUUUGCAUCUUUAGACGAGUCCUCAGCAGUCUCCACUGCCUUGGAAGGUGUCCAAUUAGUCAAUGGUUUGGAGUGUAAGAUCACUUGCAGUUCAUCCAAGAUGUCCUACAUAAUGGACACAGAAGAUUUCUUCUUCCGGCCGAGGAAGAGAUCAAAAUCAUUGGGAGAUCGAUCUUCACAUGAUGAUCAAAGGGUACAACGGUUUCACAAAUUCAUGUCGCACUCUCAGUAACUUAACACGCCUAAUUCUGAGACAACAAAUCCCAAGUUACACACAGACGGACACGAGACCGCGUCAGCGUAAGUAUAUUAUGGAGCAAAAAUUUGUCUUUCUUUCACAUUUUAUAUAGUACAACUACAAGUACAUGGAGAUUACAUAACUCAUGCCUUUUCAUUUUACAUAUUUAGAUGCCAGUUCCAUGAAAAACAACCUACUAAGGGUUGCUUCAUAUGGAUGGCCUAUAAGCUAUUGUUUCUGUAUAUAAGGAUCUGUAUGAUAUUUUUGCAGAAAGGUAUUUAUUUGAUCUCUAAUUGUUAUUUUUAUA